UCGGCCUCUGUUGCUUGGCAUAGACGAAGCAGCCAGUUUGUUUUCCAUAGUCCACAAGACCUCACGGACUUCCACCAUGUUUUAUAUAUCUCUUUUUGGCCUCUGUUGCUUCGCAUUGGCCUCUGUUGCUUGGCAUAGACGAAGAAGCCAGUUUGUUUUCACCAGUACCCAAUUGCAGCAGGACAGAGCUUCUCUCCCUUCUGGGUUUAGUUCCUGGAAAUAUGACGUCUUUUUGAGCUUUAGAGGCACAGACACCCGCAACGGCUUCGUCGAUCAUCUCUAUUCGGCUCUGCAUCAGAAGGUCAUUUUCACGUUCAAGGAUGACCAGAGACUUGAGAAAGGUGACUCGAUUUCUCUGACGCUCCUGAAAGCCAUCGAAGAGUCGAGGUUUGCUGUGGUUGUUUUCUCCGAGAACUACGCUUCUUCCAAGUGGUGCUUGGAGGAACUCGUUAAGAUCCUCGAGUGCCAGAAGAAGAGGGCACUCACCGUUUUACCAGUAUUUUAUAAAGUAGAUCCCUCGGAUUUACGGAAACAAAGAGGGAGCGUUGGAGAAGCAUUCGCCCAACACAAGCGAUAUUCCAGCGAAGAGAAGGUGCAGAGAUGGAGGAAUGCUCUAACGGAAGCAGCCAACAGUUCUGGGUGGCAUUCAGAAAUAUACGGGCCUGAAGCAAAACUUGUCCAAGACAUUUCCAUUGAUAUUCUAAAUAGAUUGGGAUAUAAUGGUUCAAGCGUUCUUAAAGAUGUUGUUGGAUUGCAUCCUCGUAUAGCAGAAGUGAUGUCACUAUUAGAAAUGGGGUUGGAUUUGGAUGAUCCACGUAUAAUAGGGAUAUGUGGAAUGGGUGGUAUAGGAAAGACUACUAUUGCCAAGGCUGUCUAUCACCAAAUUCGUUCUCAAUUUGUUGGUAGCUGCUACCUUGCAAAUGUCAGAGAAACUUGUGAGAAACAUGGUUUGGAGUCAUUGCAAAAAUCUCUUCUUGUUGAUAUCCGCUCAGUCUCAAACAGUGAUAUAAAAAUAAGAGAUAUUGAUUGGCCUGGGUCAAUAAGGAACGCGGUAGGGAAUAUGAGGGUUCUUGUAGUCUUGGAUGAUGUAGACCAUUCAGAUCAGCUGGAUGCCCUCAUUGGUACACUUGAUUCGUUUGGUCCACAAAGCAGAAUUAUAAUAACGACCAGAAACAGUCAUUUACUUGCCAGAUAUGGUCCAAGAAGUCAUGUCUACAAUGUUGAGGGACUAAAUUAUGAGGAAGCUUCUAAGCUAUUUUGUUGUAAAGCAUUUUGGAACAACCAGCCAACGCCAGGUUUUGAGGAUCUCAUAAAAAGUGCAGUUUAUUACGCCGAUGGAGUUCCACUGGCUCUUAAAGUUUUGGGCUGUUUUCUAAUUGGCAGAGAGGUAAACGAAUGGCAGAGUGCAAUCCGUAGAUUGAGACAAGAGCCUAAUCCAGAUAUUCAGAAAGUGCUCAAAUUAAGCUAUGACGGAUUGGGGCGUGAGGAGAAGAAAAUUUUCCUCGACAUUGCCUGCUUCUUUAAAUGGUAUAGGAUGGAGUACUCCACAGUUGUGAAUAUGCUAGAUGCUUGUGGUUUCCACGCAGAUAUUGGAAUAAGUGUUCUUAAAGACAGGGCACUUGUAACGAUAAGAGGCAAUACGAUAGGUAUGCAUGAUUUGAUACAAGAAAUGGGAUGGCAUAUUGUUAAUGAAGAAUCCCCAGAGGAGCCCGGUGGAAGAAGCAGGUUGUGGAAGUACGAAGACAUCUACCACACACUCACAAAAAAAACCGGGACAAAAGCAGUGGAAACCAUCGUUUUGGAUUCUCAUGGAACUAAAGAGAUAUCCUUGAGUCCUGAUGCGUUUUCAGAGAUGAGCAAAUUGCGACUGCUCAAGCUUAGUAAUGUUCAGCUUCCUAAUGGUCUCGACUACCUCUCCAAUGAUUUACGCCUUGUUGAUUGGCAUGGAUACCCUUUAAAAUACCUGCCAUCAAAUUUUCAACCGGAUUGCCUUGUCACAGUAAACCUGUCGCAUAGCUGCUUGAAACUUUGGAAUGGAAGAACGGGAGCAAAUCUUAAGGAAUUGAUUCUUGAAGGUUGUACGAAUUUGGUUGAGAUCUCAUCCAUUGAAGCCAUUAAAAGGCUUAAGGUCUUAAAUUUGAGGGGCUGGAAAAAUCUUAAGGUUCUUCCAAGUGGCAUUUGUGGGUUGAAACUUCUUAAAAGUUUGAAUGUUUCUGGCUGCUCAAAACUUAGCACGUUGCCCGAGAACCUAGGAGGAUUGGAGAGAUUGGAAUUUAUUAGUCUGGACGAUUGCAAAGAACUUACAAGUCUUCCAAGUGGCAUUUGUGGGUUGAAAUUUCUCCUAAGGUUGAGUGUUUCUGGCUGCUCAAAACUUAGCAAGUUGCCCGAGAACCUAGGAGAAUUGGAGAGUUUGCGGUAUCUUGUAGCUGAUUUUACCGCUAUUAAGCAACCACCAUCCUCGAUUAUGCACCUGAAGAAGCUUGAGUAUUUGUCAUUUACGGGAUGCAAGGGACCACUGUUCUCAUCAUUUUUUAUUCAGAAAGAACCCAUGGGUUUUGAGCUACCUGCUCUAUCAGGAGGCUUGCGCUCUUUGGGGUGGCUAGAUAUUAGUGACUGCAACUUCUCAGAAGGAUUUCUCCCAGAUGACCUAGGCUCCUUAUCCUCGUUGAAAUUUUUAUACCUUAGUGGUGCCAACAUUAUUAGUUUGCCAACAAGCAUCAGAGAUCUUUACGAGCUUAACUAUCUUUAUUUGAGGAAUUGCAAAAAGCUUAAAACGUUGCCCUUUCUCCCGCCAAAUAUCAAAGAGAUUUAUGCAAGUGGAUGCACAUCAUUAGAAACAUUGACGGAAUCGGCUAUAUUCCCUAGACUGCUUUUCACAGCCACCUUUACUAAUUGUGAUACACUAUUAAAGAAAAUGCCUAGCCUCCUCCUUGAACUUCUCAGAAAUAUUCUUAAGGUCCAUCUCUCUCUCUCUCUCUCUCUCUCUCUCUCUCCUUUCUUUAUUUGUUGUAACAGAAUUUACAGAGUUUUGUUGAUUGUCUCUCUCUAUCUCUCUCGUCUUUAUUUGUUGCAACAGAAUAAGGAAGAAAGCCAUAAGGAAAAAAGCUAUCGGGAAGAAAACUAUAUUGUUGUUCCUGGAGGAGAGAUUCCAGAAGGCUUCAUGUAUCAAAAUAAUAUGGGGCAUUAUGUUGGAAUCCAGGUGAUGCCAGAUUGGUAUGAAAGGCUCAGGGGUAUUUUUGUAUGUGCUGUUUUUGAAGCAACGGCUCCAUCAAUUGAUGCCAAACCCUAUAUUGCGGAAUGUUACGUGAUGUGGAAUGAUGUUGUAGUCUAUUCCACGGAAAUCUACAUUGGCAGCGUUCAAUUUCAGUCCGAUCACUUAUUUUUGCAUUACAUUUCAGGAUAUGAUUGGGUGGGUGAAAUUAGGAGGAGGGCGGAGGAGGUGAAUGAUUUGAAAAAGAAUGAGAUCAUCUUUUAUUUUACAAGUAGUUGUCCUGAAAUAAUUGACAUAGGUGGGCUGAUUUGUAAAUUGAUUGCCCCAGUGAAAUGCGCUGUAGAUAUGGUAUAUGAGAAAUGGCCAGAUCAUCCACAUUUAACUAUCCAACAAAGCGACUAUGAUUACAAGGAAUACACAAGAGAACAAUCGAAUCCUAAGAGAAUGUGAGGUUCGGACUGAUGGAUGGUUGGUCUUUGGUCGCCGCCUCGUUGUCAUUGGUCAGAUGAUUUAUUGAUUUUGUAAAUCUAUUAUUUAUAUAUAGUAAAUUGAUUUUUAUUAUUAUUA